AUGGCGGCGUCGGACGUUGAGUACCGCUGCUUCGUCGGCGGCCUCGCCUGGGCCACCGACGACAACUCCCUCCACACCGCCUUCAGCACCUACGGCGAGGUCCUCGAGUCCAAGAUCAUCCUGGAUCGGGAGACGCAAAGGUCCCGUGGCUUCGGCUUCGUCACCUUCUCGACGGAGGAGGCGAUGCGGAGCGCCAUCGAGGGCAUGAACGGCAAGGAGCUCGACGGCCGCAACAUCACCGUCAACGAGGCCCAGUCCCGCGGCGGCGGGGGUGGCGGCGGGUACGGCGGCGGCCGUGGAGGCGGUGGCGGAUACGGGCGCCGUGAUGGAGGUGGCUACGGCAGUGGCGGCGGCGGCUACGGCGGCGGUGGCUACGGUGGCCGUGGCGGUGGUGGCUACGGCGGCGGUGGCGGUGGCUACGGUGGUGGCAACCGCGGUGGCGGCGGCUACGGCAACUCCGAUGGGAACUGGAGGAACUGA